UCAUCUUAACCGUUCAAAACCGGAUCUACCUGGGCGGUCAGCGAUCAGAUUGGGAGAUUUUGCUAACCAUGAGAGAAAGAACUUAAAAUCUAGCGACAGAUGGGCACCACUGUGGCGCUCAUAAUGUGGUGGUGUGUGAGAGAGAGGUGAGAGAUUUGUACAUAGUGAGAGCAGAGAGUGUAUCAGUAUCAGUGGGGUUAGGGCAGUGGGACGAAGGAAGAAAUGUCCUCCUUACCCUCUCUCCUCUCUCCUUUCUUUCUCAAGCCUACAAUCAAUGGCUCUCCCUGCUUGCCUUGUUCUCCUCAUCUCCACAAAAUAUUAAGAAAAGGAUAUGGUUCAUCCUCCUCCUCCUCCUCCUCCUCCUCCUCCUCCUCUUCAUUUCAUCUUCUGAGUCAGAGAGUUACAACAAGCUCUAGAGUAAGUAGCAAAGGGAUUUUGUGCAAAGCAUCUGAAAAGGAUGGCACCUCCAAGGCUUCAUCAAAGGAGGCAUUAGAUGGUCAAUCUCCUCUGACACUUGCUCAGCAGGUGGGGUUAUGGAUCAUGGAGGGUGUAUACGUCGUCUGGCUUUUCCUUCUCCCUUAUGCUCCGGGUGAACCGUUGUGGGAAAUCAAGCUGGAUACCAUUAUCGUCCUUUUAAAGCUUUCCCACAACUUUUUCUACAUUCUUCCGCUGGCCAACUUAGUGGGCUUUCAUCUAAUUGAGGCAUCCUUGCUUCAUCCUGCAUGUGAAGCAUUGUUCAAUUUUGUUAUCGCAUGGACACUUAUGUUUGCUCCAUUGCUCUUCACUGAUCGCAAGAGAGGGAGAGUUAAAGGAUUCCUUGAAGUCUUAUGGAUCAUCCAAAUGUUCCUUACAAACACAUUAAUACCUUACAUGGCCAUUCGCCUUGGUGCCACGAAUGAAAGCUAUGGCCCUGAAGUCGAUGAGAAGCCCUCGAAGUUGGUCUCAGUUUUGACAAACAAUGCAGCGACUGUGGGAUUGAUUGGUGGUUUAUUGGGUGUCAUCUCAAUAUUAUGGCUCUUUUAUGGCCGUCCUGAUGGGGGUUUUGGAGCAGUAGGAGAUCGAUGGGGGUAUUUUGUAGAGUAUAUACUAUCUGACAGGAUAGCUUAUGCCUUCGUUUGGGAUAUCGUACUCUACAUCAUAUUCCAGCCCUGGUUGGUAGGGGACAACCUCCAAAAUGUAGAGGAGAACAAUGUUGGGUUAGUGAAUGCCCUUAAAUUUAUACCUUAUGUUGGGUUAGGUGCUUAUCUGUUGAGUUUCAAGAAGGAUGUAAAAUCAAAUUCAUGAAUAUUCAGAUUACAGAAAUUUGUGGUUUUCUCGCAUAAUUUGCUGACUUUCUCUACAAGAGGAAACUAUGUUGAAGUGCCUUUUUAUUGUUGACUCGUGGGUUUGAUGCUGUCAGUAUUUAAACCCAUGUUGUAAGGAGUCUGAUGCUGUCAGUAUUUAAACCCAUGUUGUAAGGAGUCUGAUCAGACUUGGGGUGUUGUGAAAUUACAGUUUAUUGAGCCAAGACUAGGAGUACUUGGAGAAUGACCACUAUCAUGGGUUUUGCUAAAUCAGUCAGUGCUAUUUUUCUUUUCUUUUUUUAACAUUAAGUCGGAGUACUAUUUAUUUUA